AUGUCCAAAGACGAGCCAUCAGAAAGCGCCGUAGGUGACGGCGUGGCCUCGACACGCGCCCAUCUCUCGAGUGCGAGCGGGUCCAGCGGAUGGAGCUCGAGACUACCUUCACCAGAUCCUAUUAUUUCGGACCCAACCAUGACACCCGGCCGGCGUAUCCCCCGAAGUCCUCUUGCUCCUCUGUCUCACGCUGAGAGCCUGAUGGACAUGCAGAUCCCUCAACCGUCGGAGUCACUUCAGGUCGGCAGGAAACGGGACAUUGAUGAGGUUUUUGACGAUAGCACGCCGCCGUCGCCCGAUAAGCUACAACGCGAGCUUGAUCAGCAGCAUCACGAGGCCAAGGAGGCCAUGAAUACCGCUCGCAACUUGACAACGAAUACAUCGAUGUCUCUUGACACCCAACUGCAAGCCCGGGAGUCAGACAACAAGCGGCGCAAGACACUCGCCUACCGAGUCAAGCCUCCUACUCGCAGUGCUAGCCCGCACUACGGGCAUGGCUCCGAGCAUGGCCACGAGGAUGACAGCGGCCGCCAAAACGCGGUCGAACGACAAGCCAGCCGCGACUCAAACUCUUCAAAAAACGGUUGA